AUGGCCGAGGAACAGAAACCCGUCGUUGAGCUCCCCACGGAGCUUGUCGCCCCCGCCGCCGUCGUCGAGGCUCCCACCGCCACCGAGACUGCUCCCGCCCUCGCUGCCGAGGACAAGCCCGCCGAAGAAGCCAAAGCUGUCGAGGCUGAGCCCAAGACGGAGGAGCCAGCUCCUCUCCAGCCUGUCGAAGAGGGUCAUCUUGCCCACAAGGCGCAAGGCGCUAGCUUCCCCAAAAACCUGAUCCCGAGCAAAGAAUUCUUCUUCUUUGGCCAGGACGCUGUGGAUGCCAAGGCCCUUGCUGCCUAUCUGCGCGGAGAGAAGAACACGGAGCACGCCCACCACAACAUCGCGUGGGCCUCUCACACUGGCAAGGGCCUCCUCUUCAUUGGUGACAAGACCGCUCCCUCCAGCGUCAUCAACCUCGCUGAAGCCACGGAGCCUGAGAACGAUGGCUCCAACAAGUUCCACUUGACCCACAAAGGUGCCAAACACAGCUUCAAGGCUGUCAGCACCGCUGAGCGUGACAACUGGGUCGCUCAAUUAAAGCUCAAGAUUGCUGAGGCCAAGGAGCUUGCUGCCUCGGUCACCGAGUCUGAGACGUACAAGAAUGUCCUGGGGAGCUUGAAGCCUGCUCCCAAGGAGGAGGAGCCCAAGGCUGACGAUGCUGUCCGAACCGAAGAGUCGCCUGCUGUGGAGGGAGAGACUGCUGCUGCCGCCGCCGCCGCCGAUGAUGGAAAGCCUGUCGAGGAGUCAAAGCGCCGAUCCGCCAGUCGCAAGCGUACUUCAAUCUUUGGCUUUGUCAAGAAGGAGUCCACCAAGGAGAAGAAGGAGGAAGCCAAGUCUGAGGAGCCCGCAGCCACAGAGCCUGCUGCGGCCGAUGCUGAGCCGGUCGACGUCGACGUCGCCGAAGGCGAGGCCCCCCCGGCUGCCGUUGCUGUGGACGACAAGGCAACUGAAGAAAAGGCCCUCGAGAGCCCCAAGGAAAAGCCUAGCGCUUCCAAGCGCAACAGCUUCUUCGGUGGAGUCUUCUCCAAGAAGGAGAAGAAGCCUGCCGAGGUCAAGCCCGCAGAAGAGCCCGCCAAGGAGGCUGAAGCUGCUGAUGCUGCUGCUGCUGCCCCGGUCAUUCCUCCUGUCGACGCCAGCACCCCUCUGAGUGCCGAGGAGGUCAACGCCGCUGCUGAAAAUGCCGAAGUCACCCCUGCCAAUGGCGCCGAGCCUGCCGCCAAGAAGGAUGUCAAGGAGAGACGCAAGUCCUCUCUGCCCUUUGCCUUUGGCAGACGCGAGAAGUCUCCUGCUCCCGCCGACGGAGAGGAAAAGACUGAAAAGUCCGAAAAGCGCCAGAGCCAGAGCCCCUUCUCCAAGUUGCGUGCCACAAUCAAGGGCAAAACGACUCCCAAGUCGGAGGAGAAGCCCGCCGAGGAAGCCGUCAAGGAGACCACGGCUGAGACGAGCACUGAGGAGCCUGCUGCCGCUGCCGCUGCCGAGCCCGAGGCUGAGAGCAAGCCCGAGAACGUUGCCUCUGCUACUCCUGCCGUCAUUGCCGCCGCCUAG